UUUACUGCGGCUUGGCUUUCGCGCGGUCUAUUUACUUACUUUUGAAAGUCAGCUCCUUUCUCCCGGGCGAGAAGUGAGGGAAUCGAUUGAAGAAGAAAUUGACGUAGAUAAUAGAUGCAGAAUAAGCGCAGUUGGUGCUUUAGUUGUAGUAAAAGCAGUAGAAAUUGUCUAAAAAAAAGGCCUAACCGCAAUAUUAGAACAUCAUACAGGAAUGGUUGGGAGCGAAGGAAUAGGCUUUUUUCUUUUGAAAGCCAGAAUAAUUGGUUUCGGUUCGAUCCACUAUCCUUUUUGAAGCGGAUAGUUCACAGUGCUCAUUCUCAAAAAAACCGGAAAAGCCAACUCAUCAUGAUGUUUCCACUCCAUUUUCAUUACGAAGAUGUAUCACGUCAGGAUCCGUUGCUCAAACCGAAUCACGCCAACGUUAUGGAAGUUCCUGGAUCGUUUGAAAUAAGAUUAGUACCAAAAGCAGCCUCUGAUUUCAGAAUCAAAUAUGGAAAAUUGGCUAUGGAGAUUCCGCGCGGUCAGAGAUUCAUACAGACAGAAAGGGGCCCUUAUUUCCAAGCAGGAAAGUCGUUUCGAUCCAAUCCAUUCUUGGGGUCCGAAAAAGACACAGGAUAUGUCAGUGACUUUGCACGACAAAGCGCUCUCCGAGGGCAUGGAAUGUCUAAUUUUUUGGUCAGAAUCUCGACAGUAAUGUCUAUGUUAGAUUCUCCGGUCGAAAUACGGGAAAACCCCAUGAAAUUUUCGAUGGAAACGGAGUUUUGCGAAUUCUCCCCGGAACUGGAAGAUCAUUUCGAGAUCUUCGAGCAUAUUCGAGGGUUCAAUGUGACUAUUGUCACUUCGGCAAACACAAAAGAUGAGACUUUACCACCGUGGAGCGGCUUUUUGCUAAAAGAUGAGGGAGAAACUAAGUAAGAUGUCGGAGAAGCGAAAUAUACGAGAUCACAAACGUAGAUUGCUCGCGGCUAAAUAUGAAUUGAGACGAAAGCUUUAUAAAGCCUUUUGUAAAGAUCCCGAUCUUCCGUCUGAUAUGCGGGACAAACAUCGUUAUAAGUUGUCCAAGUUGCCAAGAAAUAGUUCCUUUGCACGAGUAAGAAACCGAUGUAUUUCCACGGGUCGCCCUCGUUCCGUAGUUGAGUUCUUUCGCAUUUCUCGUAUCGUUUUUCGUGGAUUAGCAUCUCGAGGUCCUUUGAUGGGCAUAAAGAAAUCGUCUUGGUAGCAACCACCAAACCAAUAGAACAAAGGUUAGCUCUGCAGCUGGUCCACAAGCAAGGGUUGUAGGUCCAUUACCGUCCGGCUCCGGACCGAAAAGACCUAACGGAGUCAUCCCAACUCUCGGAUCGGAGAUGCUAACGAGACGGGAAUCGAAGUGGGGGACCUCUCUACCGCACCUGUCUCCCCAGACAUAGACUACAGGGUAGUACUCUUGGAAAGAUAGAAGAUCACCGCGUGAACAACAUCUAAAGUUACGAAUGUCACUCCCGAGGGAUCGACCACUAUUAUAAUAUAUUUUUUUAGAGAACUCUUGUUCAUGUUCACGCCGGAGUGCUGAGGUUGUUCCCACCAUUGAAGUCAGAGUCUGGGUGUGGGCCCGCUUACUAAUACUUACUAAUAGGGUUCCGAAUGAAAAAGACCAAAAAGUGCUUCGUUUCGUUGGUAGAACCAACGCCAAUAUCAUAUUGACUCUCUCUCGUCCAAUAAGAGUUUCCGAGAGUGACUUUCAACACUGAAAAUUCUCUCCUUUCCAAAGCUCCACAAGGCAGGCAAAAAGAAAGAGUAAUAGGACAACAAGCAAUGUUGCUUUCAUUUUAGUUCUUUCUUUGUUGAGAUUGAAAUCGACCUUCUUUUGAAAAGGGGUAGGUAGUUUGCACGCAGGCAAAACUUCUUCAUGAAAGGAGUUCCUUACUUAUCUUUCAUAGGUUUCUUAAUGACUAGUCCUUCGUUUGAAGCCUUAAGAAACCGGCAGUUUUUUUUUCCGAAUGACGUUCUUUUGAGAAUCAAUAAACCGAAAAAUCCGUAGCCCAGGUGAUUCACUGCCUCCCUCUCGCUAAAAUGGGAUGAAUCUUCUCAUGCAGCUUUUUGAUUAUUCAGGGCGCUGCGAAGCCAAUUUCCAUCAAGGCAAGGGGG